CACGAGAAGAACAAGAAAAAAGAAAAGGAAACAGCAGAUAAGACUUCGAAAAUUGAAGCAGGCUCUAAAAUAGAGAAAAAACCUUGUGAAUCAGAUACGACACAGAAGACAACUGACCAGAAGAUAAUCGAUGAUACAAAUGUAAAGUCUUCUGAAAAUAAAGGUGUUAAACAAAUGGUUCCUCAACAGCACAAAAACAUAUCAUCAGUAAAAGAAGAACCAAGAGAGCUUGACAAAAAGGAUGCAGACAAGAAAGAUACAAGCGACCAAGAAGCUUCAUCAGAACACAAAUCGAAGAUGAACGAAGAGAAAAAAGAAAAAGAAAAGUCGAAUAAAGGCAAAAGAUCUGUACUAAACUCGGAAAAAGUGGUUAUGCCAAGUUCUCAAGAGAAAAACCUAUGUGAUUUUGAGUCGUCACAAAAAACUGAGCAGAACGAGGGUAAAAUGCUUGACUAUUCCGAAAAUAGAGACAAAACACAAAAGGUUCCCCGACAACAGGAAGACAAUUCAUUAGCAGCAGAAGAUCCAACGAAGUUUGACAAAAAUAUGCCCUACCUGGCUCUCAAAGAGAAUGCAGACGAGAAAGAAACGAGCGACAAAGCUGCUCUUUCCGAUGACAAAACAAAAAUGAUGGAACAAAAGGCAGUUGAAGAGCCAGAAGAGAAAAGAGGAAAGGAAGAGUCGAAUAAAGCCAAAGCUGUACUAUGCUCGAAAAAAGUGGUUUUCCCAAGCACCCAAGAGGUAAGGAUGCUUAAAAAUGUAGCCGAACAUCAUUAA